AGACAUGAAGAAGCACCUGAAUGUUCACACAAAGGAGAAGCCACAUUCAUGUUCUUUGUGUGGAAAGAGUUGUUCAUGUCUACAACAUUUAAAAGAACAUCAGAAAAAACAUACGAGUGUGAGAGAGUACAUGUGCUUUGAGUGUGAAAAGACUUUUACUUCAGCGAAGUGUUUAAAACAGCACCAGAGGAUCCACACUGGAGAGAAACCGUACAAGUGUUCACACUGUGACAAGAGAUUCAGUCGGUCAGGACAUGUGAGCAGACACGAGAGGAUUCACACUGGAGAGAAACCGUACACAUGUGAUCUGUGCGGGAAGAGUUUCAGACUAAAAGGACACCUUACUGCACAUAAGAGCGUUCAUACUGGAGAGAAACCAUUCACUUGUGAUCAGUGUGGAAAGAGUUUCGCUCAAUCUGUCAGACUUCGGGAGCAUGUGAAUAUCCACACUGGAGAGAAACUCUACCCAUGUGAUCAGUGCGGCAAAACAUUUUUGUGGGCUUCAGUCCUGAAGAAACACCUGAACGUUCAUACAAAGGAAAAGCCACAUUCAUGUUCUUUGUGUGGAAAGCAUUUUUCACUUCUACAUCAUUUAAAAGAGCAUCAGAAAACACAUACUGGUGUGAGAGAGUACAUGUGCUUCGAGUGUAAAAAAACAUUUAUUUCGGCUUACUGUUUAAAACUGCAUGAGAGGAUCCACACUGGAGAGAAACCUUAUAAGUGUUCACACUGUGACAAGAGAUUCAAUCAGUUAGGAAUCCUGAAAGCACACGAGAGGAUCCACACUGGAGAGAAACCGUAUCACUGCACUGCAUGUGGGAAGAGUUUCAGUCAGUCAUCAUCUCUAUACAAUCAUACAAAAAGCAUUCACAAGUUGAUUGAAGAAAAUGAGGAGAAAGAAGAAUUGAAUGAUUUUGAGGAGGAAAGUCUUGUUAAAACUGGAGAAAAACCCUUAAGAAGAGCCAAUAAAUUUUUCACCUGCACUCAGUGUGGGAAGAGGUUGACAAAAAAACGUCAUCUUGAGCUUCACAUGAGAGUUCAUACUGGAGGGAAGCUAUAUGCAUGUGAUCAAUGUGGCAAAACAUUUUUGUGGGCUUCAGACCUGAAGAAGCACCUGAAUGUUCAUAAAAAGGAGAAGCCACAUUCAUGUUCUUUGUGUGGAAAGAGUUGUUCAUGUCUACAACAUUUAAAAGAACAUCAGAAAAAACAUACGAGUGUGAGAGAGUACAUGUGCUUUGAGUGUGAAAAGACUUUUACUUCAGCGAAGUGUUUAAAACAGCACCAGAGGAUCCACACUGGAGAGAAACCGUACAAGUGUUCACACUGUGACAAGAGAUUCAGUCGGUCAGGACAUGUGAGCAGACACGAGAGGAUUCACACUGGAGAGAAACCGUACACAUGUGAUCUGUGCGGGAAGAGUUUCAGACUAAAAGGACACCUUACUGCACAUAAGAGCGUUCAUACUGGAAAGAAACCAUUCACUUGUGAUCAGUGUGGAAAGAGUUUCGCUCAAUCUGUCAGACUUCGGGAGCAUGUGAAUAUCCACACUGGAGAGAAACUCUACCCAUGUGAUCAGUGCGGCAAAACAUUUUUGUGGGCUUCAGUCCUGAAGAAACACCUGAACGUUCAUACAAAGGAAAAGCCACAUUCAUGUUCUUUGUGUGGAAAGCAUUUUUCACUUCUACAUCAUUUAAAAGAGCAUCAGAAAACACAUACUGGUGUGAGAGAGUACAUGUGCUUCGAGUGUAAAAAAACAUUUAUUUCGGCUUACUGUUUAAAACUGCAUGAGAGGAUCCACACUGGAGAGAAACCUUAUAAGUGUUCACACUGUGACAAGAGAUUCAAUCAGUUAGGAAUCCUGAAAGCACACGAGAGGAUCCACACUGGAGAGAAACCGUAUCACUGCACUGCAUGUGGGAAGAGUUUCAGUCAGUCAUCAUCUCUAUACAAUCAUACAAAAAGCAUUCACAGUAAGUAGAUCCAGGACUUUCAGGUCUGAUGCUGCAUCCUCACCAAAUGUGACACAGUAAUGCAUCGACCAAAAAAAACAUAUCAUCAGGAUAAAUCACAGAAACAUUAUCUAAAGUUUUGAUCGCGAAUAAGGUUAAUCUUCAAAAACCAACAGAUUCAACUGUGAGAU